CCCCUUCUCCGUUCGUUGUCCUUCUUUUCUUAUUUGCAACCCUAAUAGUAAUCGCGCCAUGGACAGUCAGAUGGAGCAAGAGCUCUACUUUCUGAUUGCUCGCUUUCUUUCAAAGGGACCUUGCCAGAAUUCGGCAGAGGCUCUGCUGUCAGAUAUUUCACAACAUCCACAUCUACUGCCAGCACGGUAUGACUGGAAGGGACAGAAGAGACCCUACUCAAGGGAGGAGCUGACAUCGCUCUUCGAAAACAUCGACGCAGACCAUUUGCCUCGUCUUCUUUCCAGACUCAUUGUCCAUGCAGAUGCACAAAUACCGCCACUCGUACCAGGAAUUCAGUCGCUGCUUUCAACAGGAGGGAGUUCGCUUCUUCGUGACAGGAACGAGACUGAACGGAUGAGGGCAAAUCAGGACAAUGUUGGUGGUCGUACGAUGCAAAAGGUCGUCUUCAACCGAAAAGGAACACUGCGGGAGAUCCCAACACUGGACUAUGUGCGUGGAAGAGAGACGAAAGGAUUAGCACUUCGAGCAUCAAAAGUGCCCCGCUUCCUGCCUUCGCUGUUUCAAGAACUUGUCAUCAUGAACGGACACCGAUUCCCUACGUUCUGCCUACUCUUUGACAGGACUAACAACCGAGUCAUCACCGGAAGCGACGACUAUCUGGUCAAGAUCUGGAGCGCACAGUCAGGAUAUCUCUUGUUCACACUUCGUGGACAUGCUGCUGUUGUCGCAUAUAUGGAUCUCAGUUCAGACAAUACCAUGCUCGCUACUGCAUCCGACGACGGCAUUGUUCGCGUUUGGGACCUAAAGACGUCGGCUCCUGUUGCUGUCCUUCCUACAGGAAUGAGUGGGCGCACGCGGAAACCGAUCACGACUGUCUCUUUCUCACCCUCGCCUAUACCCCAGAUUCGAUACUUGAUCGCGACAUCGAUCGACGGCUACACCUACGUUUGGAAAUACGACAGAGAUACGAAAAAGUUUCAAUUACCGCCCACGAUGUUGGACUGCAAGACCUUCAACGACUCAAAACCAAAAUGCUCAACCUGGAAUCUGACAGGAUCUCAGUUCGCAGUUGCAGGAACGGAUCUUUUCAUUCGAGUGUUUUCUACGAUCCAAGGAGGUCCUGAGGCGAUCAAGUCAGGCAAAAGACGAAAGUCAAAAUCAGAGACUGGUGCGACGGACGGGUCGAACUCUGCAACGGGAUCAUCUUCACCUAAUGCUGCCCAGCAGAAUUGGGGCGACCCAGUUCUGAUCGCCCAACUGGACGGCCAUGCAGGAGUCGUAACGAGUUUGAGCUACAGUCGGUUUGGCAACAGGCUGCUCUCAGGUUCAGUGGAUGGAUUUGUCAGGAUAUGGAAGUACGAUCAGCAGAGCAAGAUGUGGACUUCCAUGGCCAUUGAUGUCAGGGAUGAGCACAUUCAGGCUGACGCCACCAUAACUGCAGCAAAGCAUAUGAUGCCUUCACCAGUCGUUGGCGCCGUCCCAGUAAACCCAUUCUUGGUUCCGAAUGACGACGCCAAUAACACGGAUUCAGAAAUGAACGGGUCAGCAGCGGCCAGCCAAAGUCAGGCUAAUGACAAUGCAGCAGGGGAAGCACGGCCCUCAGGAGAUGAAUCAAGAAUCGUUCCUACGAUGGCGGCUUGGUCCAUGGACGACUCAGCUAUCAUUUUGACUACAUCUCUGGGUGAAAUUAAGAUUUUUGAUUCGACAACAGGAGGAUUGAUUCACACGCUCAGAGGCCAUACCAGAGGCUCGUCGAUCUAUGUUCUAGAUGUCCAUCCGCACGACCACAGGAUUUUGAUGACCGCUGGAUAUGAUGGCCAGAUCAUUCUGUGGGAUAUGGCCAAGGGCGUUAAACUCAACAGCUGGACAUACCCCGAACACGAAUUCCUAGACGGUCGUUUCUCGUCGGAUGGCUUGAUGUUUGCUGUGACCGACCAGGAGGGCAAAUGCAUUCUAUUUGGCGCAGGCAAAAACUUGGAUGAUUACAAGGACGCCAGAUGCUUUGCGGAACAAACCUUCUGGAGCGACUAUGCGCCUGUUCGGUACGACGCCGACCACAAUGUGGUGGACGACGCAACUCAAAUUGCUCCGCAUCUCAUGGAACGAACCCCUAUCCUGGACAAUAACGGACGCGACUAUGCUAAGCAAAAAGGACCCCGCUAUGGCCUUGACAUUCCCGUGGCGCUUCCUCCAGGGGUCCUUGAGAAGGAGGAAGCCAUGAAAAAGGAUCUACUUGAGCGUGAACUUGAGAACCUCGCUGAACAGACACUAGCUAUCCUCCCUGCGACGGACAAACGCAAGCUGUACAAGCGCAAGAGGGAGUUUAUUCUGGAGGACGAUGAUGAUGACGACGAUCCGAUGACGACCGAGGUCCCUAUUGUCCCUCUACCGAACGAAUCUAGUGACGAAGAAUAUGCAGGAGGUGCCGCAUCUGCAUCAUCUUCAUCUUCGGAAGAUGAGGGCGAUGAUAGCGAUUUGGCUCUUGAUGGCGAUGGUAUGCCAGCGUCAGCUUUCGUGGUCAAUGACGAUGAUGACGAUGAUGAUUACUUUGCCAACGGUCAAGGUCAAGGGUCACGGAAGAGACGGGCGGCGAGCUCAAGCGGCACGCCUCGGAAACAGCGCGCAGCGAGAAAGACAGGUAGAGCCAGGAAACGAUUGCGUCUUCGAGACAGCGAUGAGGACGAUGAUAACUUAGAAGACGACCUGGAUGAUGAAGAAUUGGAUUACGGCAUAGAGAGCGACGAUUAUGUUACUUCAAGGACACCGACGAGGAAGGGAAAGCGUGCGCAUAACCACGACAUCGGUAUGCCUUCGGGAAGCAAGAGCCAACGAAGUGCACGACCAAAAUCGUUUGCCAACGACGAUUAUCCUAGCGAUGAAGCAUUGGAGCACUCGGAUCAGGAAGAUGACGAUGAGGGCGUUUUCUCAGGAAGCUCUGCGGGCAGAUCAUUUUCUGGGAUGCCCAAUUCGGACACGUCCAUGCCAACGUCGCCAAAGAAGAAGAAACAGUGGCGAGGCAACGGCGGUAAGAAGGGCAAAGCUGUCAUACGGGAUGAGCAGACUACAGAAAUCCAGAAAUGGCUGCCGAGUGACUGGAUUAAAGUAAACGAGCCUCGCAAAUCCCCAUAUCAUCCUCAGAUAGGAGAUUAUGUCGCAUACCUUCGACAGGGUCACAGUCUGUAUCUCAAGGAAACACCGCUCCGGUCGAAACUGAACCUUAAGGCCGCUCCAUACAUCAAGGAUCCUUCGCUACCCUGGGUGACAUUCGGGCGCGUAUCACGCAUCACAUACAAUGUUGGCCCUCCUACAUGGUGCACUAUCACGCUGGAAGAGCAAAUUUUAUCUUCGGCUUGGGGAUACCCACCCACUCCCGAGUUUUCAACAUCGCGCAGACGCUUUGAAGUCGAGUUUCAUGAUCUGGGCGAAGUACCCGACUUUAUUGUGCUCUACUCGGUGUUCCAGGAGGGCAUCAAUGCCCACUACGAUGUAGGUGAGCAGAUCUGGGCGUCGUUUGAUGGGAGCGUCUAUACAGGAACGAUCUCUGGCCAUGUUAUUGAAGAUGAGAACUUUCCAGAGUCUCUCUGGAUGGCGUAUGAAGUCUCAUGGCCAGCAAACGAGGAUGUUACGAACCUUUCACCUUGGGAGAUGCAGCGUGAGGAGCAGGAAGAUGAGUCGUUGUAUCGUGAAGUCAUCCCUGAAAAAGAGUUCGAGCGUAUCGAAGAGAUUGUACAGCAUCUUUUGCGGAUGGAGGAAUUUCAGAUCUUCAAGUCAUCGGUCGACUUUGAGGCUUACCCUGACUACUGCAAAGCGGUGGCAUAUCCGAUAUGCUUGGAGUCGAUCCAGGAGCGUCUUGCAAGUGGAUUUUACCGAAGAUCGAGGGCCGUGCAGUUUGAUAUCGAGCUAUUAGAGAAGAACGCCCUAACAUAUAAUGAUCCACACAGCGGCAUCGCCAUUUUUGCAAAGCACUUGUCCCGCAUCUUUAAGACAAGUUUAGCAAAUUAUUCAAAACCACUUCCGGAUCAAAUCUACGUCAAGAACACAAGAAAGGAUGAGGACGAGGAGUUUGAUGGAUCGGGUAGUGAGAAUGAGAUGGUCGAUAUCGAGUCUGAGCCGGAGCCAGAGUUUGAAGAUGAGGAGGAGGAAGAGCAGGAUGACAACGCCUUCUUGGACGAUGACUCGUCUGAAGAUGAGGGCAGCACAAGAUCUCGUUCUCGGGCGUCAAAUCGGCGCAGUACCAUCCGGACAUCUCGCUCGAGUCGAAGACCUGGCACAUUUUCCGCGUCAGCAGCAGCAGAAGCGGUUGGCUCUUCUGCAAAUGGAUCACGGAGGCGACAGAAUAACGGAAGGUCCAAUGGAAGCAGCAGCGGACGAGGGCGCCACAGCAAAUCCAAGAAGAGGGAUAAUGGUGAUGAUGCUGACGGCGACGAAUAUGAAGACGAUGACGAUGAUGAUGGAGAGUGGGGUAAGGGUAGAUCGAAAAAUAGCACUGCUACCAUGGCCAGCAAUGGAAGCAGCAACUAUCGCCGUGGACGUCAUUUUGCGAGGUUGGAUGAUGAUGAUGAUAGCGAGACGUUCAAGGCGGAGGAAGAAGGUGAAAGUGAGAGGAAGAUCGGAGGGCAGCAUUUUCAGGAGGAUAACGACGAUCUGGGCGACUUCCAGCAAGAGACGACGUUCUCGCCCUCGUCUUCGAUGCGUGUGUCAAGAAGCAGGCGCAAGAAGACGAAAAUUGUAGAUAGCGAUGAAGAUUAUGUAUCAUAGUAGAAUCGGAAAUGCAAACACAUAAACCACUUAACAAGUGCAGCU